AUAGACGCCGAAAAGAAAACCGCGUUUUAUUUUUGGCGGCAAGUUUUGGUCAACCCAUUGCUUUUAUCACUGCUCUAAAAGCGAAAUGUGUAUUUUGCGGAAAAUUAUUUUCCGGCUUCGAAACGUCGUUGUCAAAAGUCAUGCUGCAUCUCACAGUCAGAGGGAGUAGUAUGGUAGUAGGGACACCUUUCACGGAAGAAGACAUCGUUCCAACUGACCCUAGGCCAGCGUGGACCGCGGUCUGGCAGGACGCCUGGGCCGUUUCCAUAGCAACGCCGCUGCCGGUCCUACGCAAGAACUCCUAACCAGAGGAGCAGGCCGGCAUUCCUUGCCGAGGAUCUUCAUUUGUACCGAGGGCGAGGAUAAGUCCAGCUUCUACCAUGACGGGAAGCCAGCAGACACAGCUAGGCCUUGCGGGCAAACUGGUCGGUGCCGGCUCGGCGGCCUGCAUCGCUGACGCCAUCACGUUUCCCUUGGACGUCGCCAAAGUGCGAUUACAGCUCCAGGGUGAAGGAGCCCAGAGUGGCGCCGUGAAACAAUACCGCGGAGUUCUGGGCACCGUGGUCACGAUCGCCAAGCAAGAGGGGCCCUCCAGGCUCUACGGUGGCUUGGGGCCCGGUCUGCAGCGACAGGCCUGCUUCGCCACGGUGCGCAUCGGAUUCUACGACAGCGUCAAGGAUGCCUACAGCAAGGCCAUCCUCGGCCGCACCGAGGGCGCCAACGCAGCGGCCAUGAUGGGCGUCCGUAUCCUGGCCGCCGUCACGACGGGAGGCCUUGCCGUCGUGUUUGCUCAGCCCACGGACGUCGUCAAGGUCCGGAUGCAGGCGCAGUCCGGAACUGCCCCGAGGCGCUACAAGAACUCCUUCCAGGCCUACAAGACCAUAGGCCGCGUAGAAGGGUUCCGAGGACUCUACAAGGGUACGCUGCCGAACAUCGCUAGAAACAGCAUCGUGAACGCGGCUGAGCUGGUUUGCUACGACAGCGUCAAGGAGGCCAUUCUCAGUAGGAACCUCCUGCAGGACAACAUCAUCUGCCACUUUUUUUCCGCCUUUGGCGCCGGCUUUUGCGCCACAGUCGUUGCCUCGCCCGUGGACGUGGUCAAGACGAGAUUCAUGAACUCCGGAGCUGGAAAGUACACCGGGGCCACGGACUGCGCCAUCAAAAUGUUCCACGAAGGAGGAUUCAAGGCUUUCUACAAAGGGUUCACGCCGUCGUUCGUGCGCCUCGGGUCCUGGAACAUCUGCAUGUUCGUCACCUACGAGCAACUGAAACGACUGUUCCACUACCUGGGCAACCAGGACAUCAUUGCCGGCACCGAGCCGCACACGCUACAUUUGUCUAGGUAUUCUGUCCUUGCUGAACCAAGCACCGCAAUACUGCUGUAAUUCUUUCGGUCUUUCAAAAGAUUCUUUGUUGUUUUGUUUUAACACGUGGACCUAUUUUGGAACACUCAGUAUUCAAUGUUAGACCUUGGGAAACGACUCUGUUUGCCGCGCCAUGUUCACGACAAUCACUGCACUGUCCGCUACAUCUUUGUGCAUUCGAUCGCGUUUGUUUUGUAUUCAUUUACUGCGGUCACUCACAGCCCAGAAAACACAGAAGUGCGGCGAGCCGUGAGCGUCUUAUUACACCCUCCGCACAGAGUGAAACCGUGGCAUCAGCCGGUUAGAAGGACGAAGAACGAAUGACGGAGAAAAAUGCAUCAACGUAAUAAAUUACGCCUUGCGUUUCUUAUGCUGUCGAUAACUCUAGUGUGCACAGGGUCACACCCACAACUUGCAAGCGUCGAUGGUCUCUAGCCUUUUCAGCGACUUACCCGAGACUUUGCAUCUUGUUACGCGUGCCUCACGGGGUGGUGUACACGUCCAAGUGAUGAACGCAGCCUGUGUUUUAUGUCACUGCGAGCCUUUCCUCUUGUUUUAUGUAUUGUCACAUCGUACGAUCUCAUGGGCAUUUAUCGAACGCGUCUCAUCCAGAGCAUCUAUUUUGUUCUAAGGUUACACACGGGUCCGAUGAUGUGUAUACGAUUUCUCAAACGCUAGGAAUACCGGAUGAAAAUGAUCGUGAUGGAUUGUUAUGCACUGGUGAUCAUCUCUUAGUAAUGCAUUGUCCUCCUACUAAACGUAUCACAUUGUUCGAGGGACGUGGACCUGCCUAUAUAUGGAUACCGCGAUAUAUACUAAGCGUCUUUCAACCCGUACGAAGGCACUGCAUAAUAAGCCUCGUAUAAUGUCAUGUCGACUGGGCGAUCAUCAGGGUAUCUGUUGUCUCGAAAUAACCUUGGACCAACACGACCAAUAAAGCCCUUGUGCGAAUAACGA